AUGUCGCUAUACGGAGGAAUCAAGUUCGCCUCCGGCUCAGCCUCAGCUUCAGCUCCAGCAUCUUCGGAAGAAGGGAAACCCUCCACCUCUCAACCAUCUUCAUCAACCAAUCCCACUCCUACUCAACCUACCUCUGCAACACCUCAGAAGACUGGAGAAUGGUCAGCAGCUCUCAAGUUUGCUCCUAGAGUGAACAAGCCUAAACCACCUACCACCCGUCCGGUGGGAUUCUCAAACACGACAUCGACAAUCGCUUCAAGCUCUAAUAACAGUAAUGGUAAUUCGCCUGUACCUGGUGUAGUCGAUGCUCAGACACAGACGAAGAGCGAUAUCAUACGGUCUGCCGGACCUGUUAUCACCACUACUAUUGGCGUAGGCGUUGGAUUAUCAACGGGAGGACAAAAAUCAGAAGAUGAAGUUCAAUUUGGACCUGAUGGAUUACCGCUUGCCAAGGCUCCUGCUAUGACGCUUGCGCCUAAGGUAGUACCGGGGAAGGGAAAGAGGGAGAGGGAAGGCGAUGAUAAGAAGAGAAAGAAAAAGAAGAAGAAGCGAAACAACUUUGGUCAACCUUACAUCUCCACAUUCGAUCCUGAGGAACAGUACGAUCCCAAUAGACCGAACGACUUGGGCGAAUAUCAAGCGUAUAGAAAGCGAAUGAGGGAGGAGAGACGAUUGAAGUUGAUAGAAGAAAGAAGGAGGAAAGCGGAGGGUUUAAGUAGUGGUGAAUCCAGUUAUUAUACGGAUAGUGAGGACGAGGCUCCAAGGAGGGAUGCCCCUAAAAUGUUCGCUCCUCCCAAGAUAUAUAACGAGACCACUUCUACCUCUACACCAAACUAUCCUCCACCUCCCUCAGCAACUUCUGGGGAAGACGCAUAUGCAAGAAGAGCAGCGAUGGCUUCGUCAGGUGACGAUGCGUAUGCGAGACGAGCUGCAUUAUCCCAAACACCAUCAGCGGGCGAUGACGCAUAUGCGAGAAGGGUUGCGAUGUCUCAACAACCUGCAAGUGGAGACGAUGCAUAUGCAAGGAGAGUAGCCAUGUCGCAGAAUCCACCACCGCCUUCUUCCACAAUCUCCCAACCACCUUCAUUCGCUCCUCCGGCUCAAACCGUCCCACCACCUCCGUCAUCUGAUAUCCCAGGUUUCGCCUCAUCCGCCUCUGUCCCUACGUCUACCGCCGCUCCCGCAGCAUCUGACAAAGAAAAAGAAGAUUUCGCCAAAAUGCUUGAAGAUAGGAAGAAAGCUGCCGAAGCCAUUGCCGCGAAGUUUAAGGCAUUUGCAGGAGGUGCGGCUGCUGGGCCGUCUCUAUCGAUUCCACCUGUACCUGCACCAGCGCCUGCUGAAGACAGCGGCAGCGGUACAUUCGCAGAAAAGAUGAUGCGUAAAUGGGGACAUCAAGAAGGUUCCACCUUGGGUAUCCGGAACGAAGGUCUGAUCCACGCUCUAUCAGCCGAACACGUCAUCAAUCAACCUCAACCUAAACCCGGUGAAACAUUAUCCAAGCGACAGAUAGCCAAGCAGAAAACAGCCAUGGCGAAUUUGAAGAACAAAAAAUGGGUACAAGCGCCUAAUUCACGCGGUAGGAUCGUCAAUGCAAAUGAGGAUUCACGAGCGAUGGAGGCGAGGGAGAAGAAGGGUGAGGAAAGUAGGAUUAUCUGUUUGGUUGGUGUGAUAGGUUCUGAAGAGGAGAUUGAUGAGGAUUUGGCGGAUGAGAUUGGAGAGGAAUGUAGUAAAUAUGGGAUUGUGGAAAGAGUCGUACUGCACAUGGUUGAACCUCCUCCCCCUGAACCUUCGGAUUGUCUUAGGAUAUUUGUGGUGUUCUCUGGUAUGGCUGGUGCGUGGCGAGCUACGAAGGAAUUAGAUGGAAGGUUCUUUGGUGGUAAGAAAAUUAGAGUUACGUAUUUCGAUGAAGAGAGGUUUGAUCGAGGUGAUAGGGAUGGAGAGAUCUUGGGGUAG